AUGGCAGCGGCGGCGAAGCCCGCGGCGGUGCGGCGGGCGGAGGAGCUGGUGGAGAGGGAGAUGGGAGGGCGCGACGCCUCCCACGACGCCGCCCACGCCCUCCGCGUCCGCGACCUCGCGCUCUCCCUCGCCGCCGAGCAGGGCCUCUCCUCCCCCGACCGCCUCCUCAUCGUGGAGCUUGCCGCUCUCCUGCAUGACAUCGGUGAUUACAAGUACACCAAGGACAACGCCGAGGAUAUGAGCAUCAUGGAGAAGUUUCUUGAAGAAUUGGGACUGGAGGAGGGCCAGAGAGAGGAAAUUGUUGCGAUCAUUAAGGGGAUGGGAUUCAAAACUGAGAUUUCCAAGAAAUCUGUUGUUGAGCCUACUCUUGAGUUUGCAAUUGUACAAGAUGCAGAUCGUCUUGAUGCAAUCGGUGCAAUUGGUAUUGCAAGAUGCUUUACAUAUGGUGGGAGCAAGACCAACACAUUGCAUGAUCCUAAAAUACUGCCGCGUGAUUAUUUGUCAAAGGAGAAGUACAUGUCCAAGAAUGAAAAACAGACGUCAAUUAAUCAUUUCCAUGAGAAACUUUUUAAGUUGAAGGACAUGAUGAAGACAGAGGCCGGGAAAAACAGAGCAGAGAAAAGGCACAAAUUCAUGGAGGAUUUUGUGGCUGAAUUCUAUGAAGAGUGGAACGGCAGGGCUUGAAGUUGACCUACCAGGUUAUGGGCUGGUGGUUUGUGGUAUAGCUUGAAGUAGGCCAACCAACAACAAUUCAUAUUGCUAGUCGUCUACUUGGUGACGUUAGCAUAUUUGUUGCUGGUAAGUUAAGACAUGAAAAUAAAUGAGGGAUAAAACAUAUUGGAGUGGCCAAACCACUGAAUAAGGAUAAAGGCUCCUCAACAGGUACUUUGCCUGAACCCUGAAUACUGGAGCACCUGUGACUGAUGCACUACCUAUCAGCAGCAAAGUGAUUAGAGUUGAUUGGUAACCCAUUUAUCCAAAGAAAUGCCAUCACAUCUUGCAGCUAUUGUGUUCAAAUAAUAUUGCUAGAAUUUAUUAGUAACACCAUCUUAAGCUUAAGCAUUUCCUUACACACGUAUACAGAUAAGUUCUAUAGUCACCACACUUGGCUACACUACAGUGCUAUUUUGGACAAAACGAAACAAAUCAAAUAGUUCAUGACAGCAAGCUGCAAAUGCAGAAGAAAAGAACACCCGCACCACAUCAUCUCCUUUUCUCUGACAGACUGAUCACCACAACUCACAUACCACAUCUGAAAGCCAGCAUUGCUUCCAUCAUGUCCCUCCCAUAUCUUCUUUUUUUUCUGAACUUAUUCAGAGCUUGCUCUUGCAGUCCCUCUUGGUGAGCUUCACCUGGAGCCCGUGCUUCAUGUACAUGGUGAGCGCCAUCUUGGGCGACACCGGGUGGCCGUCGACGACGUCGACGCGGUAGCGGCGGAGGAUGGAGGCGGCGGCGAACUUCAUCUGGUAGUAGGCGAAGUCCUUGCCGAGGCACAGGCGGGGGCCGCCGUUGAAGGCGGUGAACUUGUAGGCCGACUCGCUCAUGAAGCGGCCCUCCCUCAGCCACCUCUCCGGCCUGUACUCCCUGCAGUCCUCCCCCCAGAUGCUCUCCAUCCUCCCCAUGGUGUACAUGGCGUAGAUCACCUUUGUCCCCUUCUUCAGCACCGUCCCGUCAGGGAACACCUCGUCCUCCACAACCUGUCAAACAGACAUGAUAAUGUUAGCCUCAAGAUUCAUUUGUUUGUGUCUGAUAUUGCAUCCAGUCCCGCUAUACGUACGAUCUAGUUAUAUUGCCCUACGUCCGACUGAAACACUGUUAUCAUUAAUUAGGCAAAGGGGUCAAGUGAGUGGUACUGUAGUCAUUGGAUGGUUGAGUCGUACGUAAGUCGGAUGGGGUUAAGUGGUACGCAUAGUAAUUUCCUAUUGCAUUUGUUGGGUUUUUUUUUUGGCCAGAUCUGAAAACUCAAUACUGGAGUAGUUGCAAUUAAAUGGGGGGAUAGAUCAAUAUUGGUCAUCAGUUGAGAGGUUUUUUAGUCAAAUAUUGAUAAGAUUGAUACCAUAAAUGACAAGUUAAUAUGCUGACCAAUAGGUUGUCAACUUGUCACUAGGUUUAGUUUGUCAGUGCCACCAAUCACAUAUAACUGACUGGUAAUUACUGCUUUCCAACAGCAAGUUCAGGUAGGUGAUCGACAGUAAACUAUAGUUUUGUACUUUUUAGCCUUUAUAGUAUAACAAUUAAUCAAUUAAAAAAGAGUACCCUUUUGUUGGCAAUCUAUUUUGCAAACCUACGAGGCUAAAAUUAUGUAAACUAAAAACAGAUGCAUUGGUGCAACUACAACUGGACUGCCCGAGACAUGUCUCUGUCAUGUUGGAGAAGAGUUUCAAGUCUUCACCAAGAUAUCCAAAGCGCAUGUGUAGUAGAUGGCCAACUUGCAACCUAGAACUCUUUGCUGUUGCAUUUUUUAAAUUUUAAAUUUAUAGUUUUUAUAUGGCCCAUCAACUUCAAGUUGCAAGGUCCAAUGCUGACCCUGCAUGCU